AUGUGGAUUUUUGAUUGGUUCCAAGAUGUAUUGGCGUCAUUAGGUUUAUGGAACAAACAUGCCAAAUUGUUAUUUCUAGGUUUGGACAAUGCAGGAAAGACUACUUUACUACACAUGUUGAAGAAUGACAGAUUAGCCACUUUACAGCCUACUUUACAUCCAACUUCAGAAGAAUUGGCCAUUGGUUCAGUCAGAUUCACCACCUUUGACUUGGGUGGGCAUCAGCAGGCACGUAGAUUAUGGAAGGACUACUUUCCUGAAGUCAAUGGUAUUGUAUUUUUGGUUGAUGCGGCUGACCCUGACAGAUUGGCUGAAUCUAAGGCUGAGUUGGAAUCAUUGUUUAGAAUUGAAGAGUUGAGUCAAGUCCCCUUUGUCAUUUUGGGCAACAAGAUUGAUGUUCCAACUGCUUGCGGUGAAAUGGAGUUGAAGAAUGCAUUAGGAUUGUACAAUACCACUGGGAAAGAUACUGGUAAAUUACCAGAAGGUACUAGACCAAUUGAAGUGUUUAUGGUUUCUGUUGUGAUGAGAUCAGGCUAUGGUGAAGCGUUCAAGUGGUUAUCUCAGUACAUCUAG